GGUUGACGCAGGAAGCUUUAGGGUGUUACAAAGUACUGACUACUUGUGUUCUUUAUCGUAAAUACAAAAUUAACAAGAGUAUUCUGAAAUUCUUGAGGAUAUUGGAAUCUUGUGCUAUUGAUCGAUCCAAGAACAUACUGCGAUCAAUAAUUAAUCCGUUUAUAAGAAUAAACAAGUGAACAACACGUGAAGAUAUCAACAGAUCGUCAACUGUUUUGACCAUCGGAAUAAUUGUAGAAUGAGGUUCCAAGUAUAUAUUUGUUUAAUCGUGUCGAUGGAUUUUUUCUUUGAUAUAUAAAUACAAAGUGAAAUCUGUCUUUUAUUAUUUUGUGUAUUCGUCAAAACAGGUUCCGGUGCAUCCGAACGGUCGUGAAUCCGUCAACAAACAACUCCUUGAACAAAAUGCCAUUACAUGUGCUACAUGGCAUUUUAUUCUGACUAUUUUAAAGGAGAUGGAGAUAUACUUGAAGAAAUGGAAUUUAAAUAUUUAUUAAUGAGAAAUGGGAAAGAAAAUUCAAUGCAUCGGCCGCUAUGUCAUGGACGGGAAAACACUUGGGAAAGGCACUUUUGGCAAGGUGGAACUAGCCACGCAUGGCGUGACAGGUUGUAAGGUGGCUAUCAAAAUAAUAGAUACAAGGAAAAUCAAAGAGGAAUAUGUACAGCUAAAUCUACAUCGGGAAGCUAGAAUACUGGGGCAGCUUCGUCACCCAAACAUAAUAAGGUUAUAUGAAACUCUAAAGGCUACUUCUUUGUAUUGUUUAGUGUUAGAAUGUGCAGCAGGAGGAGACCUCUUGGCUUAUAUCAAAACUCAUAAAGAAAACUGUUUACCAGAAGACAAAGUCAGAGUAUACAUGAGACAAUUGAUUUCAGCAGUUCAUUAUUUACAUGAAAGGGGUGUGGCACACAGGGACCUGAAGAUGGAAAACAUCAUGUUAGAUGAGAAGAAAAGAAACAUUAAACUUGUUGACUUUGGCCUGAGUAACACCUUUACAAGAGAUGAACUGAUGAAGACACAUUGUGGAUCAUUAGAAUAUGCAGCUCCAGAACUCUUUGAGAUGAGUGAGAAAUAUGGACCUGAAAUUGAUAUCUGGGCUCUUGGUGUGAUCAUGUAUGCAAUGUUGGUUGGUAAACUGCCUUUCACCACAGCCUAUACAGACCAAUACAGACGCCAGAAGUUAUUUCAACAAAUAGAGCGGGGCCUGAUAGAAGUCCAUGAAAGAGAAAUGGUUCACCUGACAAAAGAUUGUAAAAAUUUGCUCAAAAAGUUGUUAGAACCCUCUUGUGAUCUUCGUCUUCCAUUACUGGAUGUAGAAAUUCAUCCAUGGGUGACACAGGGAGUUAAGUCGUCUUUCCAUACGUUCCACAAAUACCCUAAAGAUAAAAACAUGAAAUCACAGGUGAUAGAAGAGUUAUCUUCCUUGCUACAGAUGAAAAAGGAAGAGGUGGAGACAACAGUUCAUGAGAGUAAAUGUGAUCAAAUAUCAGCCAUGUUUAAUAUGAUGAUGGACUGUAAGAGAGAAGAAAAAGGUAUUUUUGAUAUUGAUUAUACUGUGUACCAAAUGCCACCACCAGAGAAAAAAACCAAACGGAAGAAAAAACAUCAUUCACAUUCAAAAGUAGAAAGAGAAGUACAAAAAGAAGUAGAAGUACAUGGAGACGAAGGACAUGAUGAUGAACAUAAGAAAACUGAGAGUGAACAACACAGAGUCAGCACUGCGUUUGAUUUUAUGGCUAUUUGUAGUGCACCAACAUGGCUUGGGCAGGAAAGACGUAGAUCCAGGCGACGAAAAUCAUAUUUUCCUCAGCCUUCGCCACUAGCUAUGAAUAACCCAGAUGCUUCAUCAGAAGACGUGACAGGAAAUGCUGUAGGAGGAGAUAACCCCAAUCUGCUGUCCAUUCAUCCUGGUUGUGUUACACCAGGGAGUGCCCAACCCUUCAACAGAAGGUCAUUGAGGUCGUCUCGUAGGCGUAAAAGGCCAAGUUCCUGUGGUCCUUCAAACAGAAGAUCAUUACGUGAUAAACUGCCCCAUCACAAAGGGUCUAGUAACUCUCAGCCAAGCAGUCCAACGACUUUGAUCAGUCCCAUCAUCACUGUAGAUCCACCAAAUCACAGCGGAGUAGCUCGUCCAGAUAAACUUGAUGUGCCUGACUGUUAUGGGUCAGUGACAUUACAAGUACCAGAACGAACUGUGUCCUUUUCUCACAUGAAUGAUUCAACGUCAAAUUUAGACAGUCAGUAUUCUGAUAGCUCAAAUCCUGGGUCAGCCGUUAGUUUCUAUUCACCAAAUUCCAACGAUACAUCCGCCUCACACUCAGCUCAUGGUUUAACGCCAGACUGGGCAAGGGAUGGGGCCUAUGAAACUGAUAGUCUUGAUUCAAAAAUAUUACCUGAAAUUUCAAUACCUCUUAAGAGGCCUUUAAGAAGACUAGUGAAUCAAGAUUCAGUUGAAGCAAGGAUUGCCUCAGCUGAUAUCAAAAGUAUUGUAAGACCCAAACAAUUGUCAGCAAUGCAAAACCAAUCACAGCAAAAGCAGAAAAACCAUACUCUUCUACCUUGUCAGGAAACAAUACAAAAAGAUGACAGUUCAGGGAUACAACUUCAUGCAAGACCACAUGUAAAUGACAGUUUAAACUUGCCUGGCAUUGAUAAUGCAGAUAAAAUAGCGGUCAAAAUUGAAACAAGUCAAAAUGGAAAUGAUCAUUUUCGAUUGCCACACAAAGAUAGCGUGGAUAGUGACGAGAAUUCGGGUAAUCAUUUAUUAGGUUUAGCAACAGGAGGUGAUUCUUUAGAAGUAGCAAAAACAACUAUGCAAUGUGUGAUGUGUAACAAAAAUACCCUGGAUUAUAAUUCAGAUUCUACUACAGAGCAAACUGAAGAAAGUGCCGAUGAAUUAGAUCAUAGCAUUAAAAUAAUUGAAAAUUCUGUGAAACAGAUUGUGUUGAAUGAUAGAUGUGAUGCAAAAAUUGAGCCUGUUGUUGUGAAUGUAAAUGGUAAAAUAACUAUGGAGGAAUUUUGUGAUAAAAGUAGUUCAAAACACAACUCUGUGGAAGAUAAGUCCAAAUCUGCUUCAGUGAAAUCACAACUGGAAGAAAUAUGCAAGCCAUAUGUUGUUGAUUUAGGAGUACCAUAUUCUACGAAUAAUUCACCCAAAUAUAUUGAAACGAAUAUUGAUGCUCCUAAUGAUGAGAUUGUUUCAAUACCUCCUUCAAAUCGCAGGAAGAGUUCUGGAAACUCUUUGCCGUCUUUCGUGAUGCCCAAUACUCCUACAAGACAGAAAUUCACUUCCCCUAUUGCACGAAUUGAUAGUUUUCACAGUGAGGAUUUUGAUAAUAUUGACGAUAUGAAAAUAAAAUGUCAAUCAAAUUCGACAACUCCUGGUUCUGUAAAUACUCCCACUUUUCCUUGUUUUGCCUAUAAACUUCAGCUGCAUAAAAAGAAGAAUGCAAAAUUAAAGCCAUCUAAACAGAAAGAGGAGAAUCAGAUAUAUAUCAAUGAUGAAAAGAAUUUGUUGGAUCGAUUUUCAAGGAAUGAAAUUGAGCCAACCUGUUCAGAUCCAUUGUUAGUUGGAUCAGGAAGUGAUAAAAGUACAUCUGAUGAAAACUCUGAGAAACCUCUUCAUAGUAGUAAAGCCAAAAUCCAUCCUAUGGACAAAGAUGACAAGGACUCCACAAAAAGCUGCAAAUCUUUAAACAAAUCUAAAUGUACAGUUGAUUCUGAACCUAUCUGUAAUGAUAUACAGGUGAAAAAACAACAGAACUUAAUAGGAAAACCAUGCAACUCUCAACCUUCAGAUAAUAAGAAAACUUGUGUGAAAUAUUCUCCAUGGAAACAUGGAUUUGUACAGUUUUUGAAGAAGAAGAAACAAGGACAAAGACAAGGAAGCCAGAAUAACAAUGACUCUUUUCGCUCUAACAAUCAUACUCUCUUAAAAACUAACUUAUCUAAUCAUAAUGGUCAUGCUCGCUGUUCUUACAAAGCUCUACCUAACUCUGAUGACAAUGGUUUGGAAGCCGAGACUCAGUUCCAGACUAAAUCACUAGCUGUUCGUCCAGAUACUUUAGAAAUCCGAUCAUCACCUGUCCCAGGUCUUGCUCCAGCACAGCCAGCUACAAAAAUGUUUGAUUUUACUGUGUUAUCUACAGAAUCACCACAAGCAAACUCGUGCCUUCUUAGUUGGAAAGGAUGUCGUGACUGUACUGUAGGACAUGUACCGUCAGACGAGGAGGACAGUGAAUGUACUUUUCGUUUUGAACAGAGUGUUGAUGUAGCUAUCAAGACAAACAUGACAAUACAGAAUGUGCAGGAUGCAAAGACUUACACAGCUUACAAAUGCUCUCAUUCAUGACAGCACUUCUACAGUAUCAGGACGUUCAUAUGGAUUAUCUCCCUUUUAUGCGAUUAUCUCCCUUUGGAACAAGAUAGGCUGUGAUGCAACAUUGUCAUCUUCUAAUCAAACAUAUUUUUUUUCCAGUAAUAUACAUUUUCUCUAUAAUAGAACCAAGAUUGUUAGAUUGAAUUUUAUCAUAUUUUUUGCCUUGUUAAAUUGGUAUUAAUUAUUAAUGUGUAUACCUCUUCGUCAUUAUUAAUACUUUAGCAUUGUCUAUCCUGGAGUAUCAAACUUGAAAGAACUGUUGUUAUAAGCAGUUACUGUAGAAUGGUUUAUUUUUAAUGGUACAAAUUUUCAUUGAUUGAGAAAAAUUUGUUUGUGAAUACUUGAUCUCAUGGCUUUGACAAAUUUUAAAUUUUUGUGGAAUAUUUUAAUAAAUUGUUCACCUGUACCAACAUAAUCCUUAGAAAUAAUUAUCCAUGAUACUAAAAGAUGAUCCAUAGUAUAUACAUAUGAUUAAAGUAUCAAUCUUUUUAUAGUCUGUGUUUAAGUUUUUUUUGAAGAGUUUUUCCCCUUCUGCUAUCUUGUAAGAUGAACUUUGAUCAACAUAAUUGAAAUAAAAAUGGAACACUAUUUUGCACUGUACGUUUCAUAAAAUGAAUGUUAAUAUUAAAAUAGUAUGUAGAAAUAAUCAGUAUUUUUAGAAAAUAUUUUAUCCGUCCAACCAAAACAUUUCUGCUCAUUUGACCAAACUUUACUAAUUUGACUACUAACUGAACUCAUUCUCAAAAAUAAUUUAAUUAUCUAGUUGGGAUAAAGAAAUAGAAUCUAUUCUUUAAAUAAAUUAAUGAAAAACUUUCAAUAAGAUUUGAUCAUAGUGGUUUAUAAGAAAAAACAUUGCUACCUAUCAAGUCCAGUUUAAAUGCAUGAAGAAAUAGGGAAUUGAUUUUUAUUUCCACAAAAUUUUGUACUUUAUGAACAUAAGUUCUUUUACUGUAUUAUCUUACUGCAACCAUGACUAUCUUUUCAUGCAGACAACUGCAGAUAAUGCUUUUUUUUUAAUGAAAAAAUUUGUAAUAGUGAUGGAAUAACACACAAUUUUUCAAAAGGAGCUAGGAGCUAGAGAAGAAUAUUUGAGGCGUCAAAUGUUAUAAGAAAAAAGAUUGCUGGAUUUUCUUCUUGUUAUAGUAUUGAGAUAUCCUUCUGUAAUUAUUUCUUAGCUUUUUAGUGAUUAUUUUCUCAUCUAUGAUGCUUGGGUGCAUGAUAGUCUCAUUUGUUUUAAGGUCAAGUAGAGAAGUAAUUCAGUACCAUCUCAGGUUUAUUUGACAUCUUCUCUUCAUUCGAUGAUAUAGGAAUAUUUUGGGAAACAUAAAGCAGGGUUAACCCUGAUAUUAACAUGGAACGUUUCAUUAUACAUUAGUCUUCUAUAAAAGUGUGCAAACACUUGUCAGAUUUCACUGCAUAUAUAUAUUCUUUUUAACAGGAUUGAAAAAGACAUCAUUUCAUGUGUUUCUUCAUUAAAAACAACCAUGGGUAUUAAAAACUUGUUAAAUGUUUUUGAAUGUUUUCUUUAAUUAUUACUUCUAUUAGUAUGCCAAAAAAUAGAAUUUUGUAGAAUACCAUCAGUUACCUCACUUGACCUUGAAAAUGGUACCUCACUUGACCUUAAAAACUUUUUUUUGUAUCUAAAGAAGUUUGAAGUCAUUUUAAUUCACUAACAUUGGUAGACAUUUUAUGUUAUUGAAGAAAUUUUGUAGUAGACAUUAAUAAUUUUUCUUGCCAAGUUCAUUUUAAGUUUAUGCUUGCCUCAUGACUACAACACCAGUAUGUUUGUCUUCCAUGUAGAAGGUAACAAAGACAGUUUGAAGAUGAACAAAGAGUAUGACAAUUACAGUCCUUUAAAUUGGACAAUAUUCUUUAAGGGAAACUUGUUAUUGAUAGCAAUUGAUAAAUAUGCAAAUGAUAUAAUUACCUGCAAAACUUUUUACAAAAAUAUCUGAUAACAAAUAUCACUCAUAGAUCAAUAGAAUUUAAUUUAACUUGCAACAAGAAUUUAUCACAAGUUAUAUGAAUUGACAUGACACAUGAGUGAUUUUUGUUGUAAUAUUUUUUGUAAACAAAUGCUAUUGUUGUAAUUGUCAUAAAACAAACCAAUGUUUGGAGAUUGUUAUUUUAAGCGUUUGUACCAAUGUAUGUAAUUUUGUAUAUAAGGUAGAAUUUUCAACAUGCCAAUUUUUUCAGUGCUAAAAGUUCCAAAGAUAUCCAUUAUUCCUCCUUUUUUUAACAGUUUUUGCCCUAAGAAAGGGACAAUAUGUGUGACUGUGUUCCUUGUUUUUUCUUCUUUCAUUAUUAAAUGGGAAAACAAAAGUUGAGGUUAGAAGAACCAGUUUACAAUGCAAAACUGUAAUGAGUAGAAUAUUAGGCCAAAAUAUGUUCAUGUGUAUUUUUAUUUGGUGCACUUUUAUAAUGUUGUUUUUUAAGAAUUGUAUGUGAUUAGGCACAUUUGUGAUAUUUUUGUCUUAACCAAUAUGCCGAUUAACAAAAAAUGUCCUACUGCAUCAUGGGAGUUUUUAUGUUUAUUUGAAAUAUAUUUGAGAUAUUUAUAGCAUUCUAUUUAUAACUGUGAUCUUUUGAACCCAACUGAAAAUCCUAAUUUGCCCAAUCUUAACUUUACUCAUAUUAAUGUAUGGCAUCCCUAAAGUAACAAAACUUCAAACUUAACCAUGAAAAAUCGUAUGCUAUGGUAAUUCUAUUUAAAAGUCAUAUUAGAGAUGGUCUCGAAAAGGAUUGGAUUGAAUAGCAUGCACUUCAGUUGAACAACUAGUCCAGCAGACAUAACUUAUCUAUUUUUUUUGUCACACUUAACUCCUGUUUUUCAAUGAUGACUAUUACAACAUUGCAAGAUAAUAUCAUUGUAAUAGGAAAGAAAGAAUUGAAUGUAUUAUCACAUGCCAUAUAACCACUACACCCACUUCACUUCAUAAGGCAAAGAAACAGUUCUUUUAUUGUUCUUCACAAAGUCACAUUGAAGCCUUCAACAUGGGGCAAAAGCAAGUUUAAAACUGUCCCAAGCACUUGUAAAAUAGAAAAUUUGCCACUCAGUCUUCAUCUGUGCAUUGAGGAUCACAGUUGCAGGGUAAUAUUAACAAACUAUAAAUAUUAUCAGGCGAAGAAAUCUACCAAAUAUUGGCACUAAUUGCCUGAAAUUCUUAAGCAAGCUUGCAACAUAAUAUACAACCAUAAUGCAUUAGGACCUUUUUAUUUUUAAUUGUUUUUUUUUGUUAUUGUUGAUAAUUGCGGGUAUAGAAAAAUUAUAGAAUUUUUGUUUUUAGUGUUUUUUGACAUUUCAUUAGUACUUUUCUUGAUGUAUAUUGUAUCACAACCAUUUUUACUACCAUUGUCUGAAUCAAGUAAUAACUGAAGCAACAAUCAUAUUUUUAAGAUAUAUAUUUGUGUUCAAUUCGAAAGUCAAGCCACAGAAAUUAAAACCCAAUAUUUGUCUUCAUAGAAUAGACAAACUAUAAAGGUACCGUAGGUCUGAAACAUUCCAAACUUAAGACCCAGGAUAGAUUUGUGACUUUUUAUGUAAAAGAAGAUAAAGUUACACCUUUCAUCUCAAUGUAUUCUCUGAGCUUGCAAGAAAUACAAGAAACCAACUAAUUUUUACGACUUUUGCAAUUUCAAUAAUAGCGCUAAUAUCAAUAGUCUCUAAAAUGUGAAACUUGGAUCACCACUUAUAUAGAUACUUAAAGAAAAUAAGAAAAUCAUGAAAGGGCUUAAUGCAAAAUAAAGUAUCCCGGAAAAUGAUUUGGUUUACAUAUUUUGAGCAUGAAAACCGCAAAAAUUACACACUUGUUAAUUUUCCAUUUGUUUUCAACACUUUUACACAUUGGUUUUGACUACCAAAUAAGUUUUGAUGGGGUAUUCAAUUUUUAUAUUUAUAACUUGAAUAACAUCCACUAGCACUUUGCUACUGUAUUUAUUUUUAUUUUUAAAAAAGAAAGUUAUAAAACAUCAAACAAUAAUAAGAAAAGACAAACAACACGAUUGAGGGAAAUUUAACAAACCUAUUUAGUGCUUUUUUAUAUAAAACCAUAAUUUGAUAAAUAUUCUUUAAUACACCAUUGAAGAACUGUGCCAGACCGUCAGCGAUAUUCAUGAUUGUUUUGUAAAAAAUACUCGCCAUUUACUGACAUCCUGUUUUUAGAAAAUUUAUUUUAUAUGGUAAAGAGAUUUUGAUUUGUCAAAUUUGAGGAAAAAAAUAUUCAAGUAGUCAUCACCUGCUUUGUAUUAUAUCCAGUGAUUUAAUAAUUAAGGUUUGACAGCCAUCGAACCCUUAUUCUUGAAAAGCCAUUGUUUUCUUAUUUACAUUCAAAUAUGGUAUAGUAUUUCAAUAUUUGUCUGCAAUAUAUAAGCUACGGUUUCUGGUGUCAAUCUCCAACAAUUUAAUGAAUUGUUGUCACCAAAUACCAAUAUACAGUACAGUGUUUGUCUGUUAGAUAUACUUGGAAUGGGAUGAUAUUUUUUUUUUCAUUUAAAAGUAAUUGUCUGGUAUUAUGUAAAAUAGUUUGUAUAAUGUGGAAUAAGAGAUAUUGAUAAACCUUUCUUUGAAGCACAAUACUAAAGCAGAAACCAAGAAUUUUUAUUUCAUUAGUAUGUUGUUUUGUUUAUUACACAUUCUAAGUCUAAAACAUUUGUAAGACUUUUAUCUGAAAAUGUAUUUAAGAUGUAUUAUAAGUUAUGAAUUCCCUCUAAUACAGUUUGGUUUAAUUUAUAAUCGCUAUGAAAUAAUAUUUGUCAUUUUGAGACAGUUCUGAACUUACAGUGAUGUGUAAGCUUACACCCCAUAACUUGACAAGUUUCUUAAUUUUUUUGUAACUUGGAUUGUUUUGAUUUAUAAACUGAGUGUAUGGUUAACCUGAAUUGAGACUGAUACUAUAAUAAGCUAUGAUUGCCAAAAAGUCAAAUGCUAAACUGACUUGCUUAACUUCUGAGACUUCUGAAAUUGUAUUGAGCAAAUAUAUUGCAGUUUAAUGAAAACAGAAUUAACUGAUAGUUGUUGUUCCACAUACAAAUUUACAAACCUUGAAAUUUACAGCACUGUGGUUCAGAUGCUGCUUUGGCAAAGUGUAGUGAUUCUUUCUGAAGCUUUGUUUAAAAGAAAUGACAGCUUAAAUUGUCUAGAGACAUUUGACUGUAUCAGACAUCAGAGUUUGACUAUAUCAAACAGGUUUCUGAACAUAGUUAUCUUUUCUUGUAUCCUGGUGUCUGUUGCAUACAGCCAUUUAUAUUGGUUCUAAUUUGUGAUGAUAUAUUGUAUCAUAUUAUAUAUAUAGACAUAACAGUGAUACAAGUUUAUAUAUGAUGAACCAAAUAUGUAUUUACCAACAUAACUUGUUGGUCUUUCUUUUAUCAUCAGUGUUUUUGUUAUUGCAGAUUAAAUGAAGUCAAUAUUUUAUAAAUUACACAAAAACAAAAGAGGAUCUACAAUGAGCUAUAUACUUGUAUUAACAUUCCUUAAUUGUGUGUGUGAGUGUCACAUGUGUAUUUAAAUGUGUAUGUGUGUGAAUUUUUUGUUUUUUGUUAAUUUGUUGAAUUUUUGUUGAAAACUGAGAAUUGUGAUUUUUACACGUUUUCAUGUUUUUUUUUUAUUGUAAUUCUUCCACAAAACCAUUUUCCUUGUUAAAAGGAAGGGUAAUUUAUUAUGUGAUGAAUUUGUUGUUGAAUUUUAAAUAUAUGAUAAGUUAUCAUGAUAUUGUAGAAAAUAUAACCAUAAUAAAUGAGAUUUCUUCACUUACAA